UCUGAAUGUAGUUCAGCAAACUCACAGAACACAGUUUGUGUGCAAUAACAAGAUGACACUCUGAGUGUCGCUGUUCAUCUACCAAGGCUAAGCAACAGUGAUGCAUCCUUCCCAGAUCAGCAGCUGCAGAGCUAAAUACGCUGAGCGAUCAGUCACACACCGAAUAUUUCGGCACUGGAAAUCUCAGCUGCAAGCCAGCCUCAGUUGAACAAGGAUCCGUUUGCAUUUUUCUGGCAACAUUCAGCCAUACCUGAACCACAGAUUUCCUUGGUGGAUUCUCAUCAGGCUAGACAUGGGAAAAGCAAAACAUCUCCAGGACUGCAGAGGGGAAGUUGUCUUUUUCUUUCUGUUGGCUAAUACCUGCCAAACCAUUGCCAAGCAGAUCCAUUACUCCAUUCCUGAGGAAACAGAGAAAGGCUUUUUGGUGGGGAAUAUUGCAAGACAACUGGGACUGGAGGCAAAGGAGCUCUCAGACCGUGGAAUCCGCGUUGUUUCCCCAGGUAGGACGCCAUACUUUGCUUUGAAUUAUAGGAGUGGUCAUUUGCACACCACAGAGAGAAUAGACAGAGAGGAGAUCUGUGGUCAGAUGGAGACGUGUAUCUUGAAUUUUGAGAUUAUAGUUGGAGAGUCAAUGAAAAUUUAUGGAGUCGCCGUGGAAAUCACAGAUAUUAACGAUCAUGCCCCCACCUUCCAGUCAGAGAAACUGCUGAUAAAUAUCAGUGAAAUUACUGCGCCAGGGUCCCAAUUUCCCCUCUUGGAAGCUCAAGAUCCUGAUUUAGGAAACAAUUCCCUGCAGGGAUACAAACUCAGCAACAAUAGCUAUUUCUCUCUUAAUGUGCAAAUUGUUGAUGGUAGAAAAUAUACUGAAUUAGUGCUGGAAAGUCCUCUGGAUCGUGAAGAAGAAGCCAUUCACAAUCUUGUCCUCAUAGCAUAUGAUGGUGGUGAUCCUGUUGGGACUGGAAUUGUGGAAGUUGAUGUGACUGUGCUAGAUGCUAAUGACAAUGCUCCUGUUUUUAGCCAACCUAUCUAUAAAGUAAAUGUUAGGGAAGAUAUUCUUAUAGGGUCCACAAUAGUCGGAUUAAAAGCUACUGACCUGGAUGAAGGGACAAACAAAGAAAUGAAAUAUUCAUUCAGAAAAAUCACACCAAAAGCUUCACAAAACUUCCACUUAGAUGCAAACACUGGGGAGAUAACUCUUGUAGGAAGCUUAGACUAUGAGGAAUCUGCACUUUAUGAAAUUGAGGUCCAGGUCCAUGAUGGUGGAGGACUCUUGGACAGAUCAACCCUCAUGAUAUUUGUUACGGAUGUAAAUGAUAAUGCACCGAAACUGGAAAUAACUUCACUUAUCCGCACCAUCCCUGAGAAUUCACCACCAGCAACUGCAAUAGCCCUUUUAAAUGUACAAGAUCAAGACUCAGCAGAGAAUGCAGAAGUCUCAUGUUCCAUCCCCAGCAAUCUCCCCUUUCAGCUGAAGAAAUCCUAUGAUAGUUAUUACAGUUUGCUGACAACAAGAGCCUUGGACAGAGAGCAGGUGCCGGCCUACAACAUCACAGUCACAGUCACAGAUCAUGGGACUCCUCCACUUUCAACAUCUCUCAUUAUUCCACUUGAGAUUUUAGACACAAACGACAACCCUCCCCACUUCCUGGAAUCAGUUUAUACUUCUUACUUAAUGGAGAACAACCCAAGAGGAGCCUCCAUACUCUCCCUGAAGGCAGAUGAUCCAGACUGGGCAGAAAACUCCAGAAUAACCUAUUCCAUCAUUGAGAGAAAUACCUAUGACUCCCCUAUCUCUUCCUUCCUCUCCAUUAACUCUGAGACGGGAGUUGUCUAUGGCUUGACCUCUUUUGAUUAUGAAGAGUUUCAGCAUAUUCAGUUCCAGGUCAAGGCUGAGGAUGGAGGCUCCCCACCACUCAGCUCCAAUGUCUCAGUGACUCUCUUCAUCCUGGACCAGAACGACAAUGCUCCCGAAAUCUUGUACCCCUCCCCUCCCACCGAUGGCUCCACUGGGAUAGAGCUGGCCCCUCGCUCCUCCGAGCCGGGUUACCUGGUCACUAAGGUGGUGGCAGUGGAUGCGGAUGCUGGCCAGAAUGCCUGGCUCUCCUACCAGCUGACCAAGGCCACUGAGCCAGGGCUCUUCACCGUGGGACUCCACACUGGAGAGAUCAGGACAGCCCGGUUCUUUCUGGAGAAAGAUGGACUUAAACAAAGCCUGGUGGUUUCAGUGAAGGACAAUGGGCAGCCACCUCUCUCCACCUCAGUCACUGUCACUGUAGUGCUGGCUGACAACAUCCCAGAAAUCCUCUCAGAUCUGAGCAGCAUUUCAGUGUCUGUAGAUCCUCAGUCAGAUCUCACCUUCUACCUGGUGAUUGCAGUGGCUUUUGUCUCCUGCUUGUUCUUCACCUUCCUCCUUGUGUUACUGGCUGUCAAGUUGCACAGAUGGAGGAAUUCACAGCUAUAUGAAUCUGGGAGUGUUAAUUUGAGUGGUGUCCCUGUCUCACAGUUUGUGGGGAUUGAUGGAGUCCGAGCAUUUCUUCAUUCUUAUUCCCAUGAGGUUUCUCUCACUACAGACUCUAGGAAAAGCCAGUUUAAUAUUUCUAGGGGAAAUUACUUCAAUGAUGUGACCAAUCAACAGCCUUGUGAAAUAAGGGAUCCCUUCCUCAUUGUGGAAGAUGUCAAUAACAGUAAAGGGGAUACAGUAAAUAUACAGGUGAGCUACCCCUAA